AUGGCAGCUGUGCCCGGGAACGCCCCGCUCUGCUCUCAGUAAAGAUGACAGCUCACCAUCGUCGCCUGUCCUACUUUGAAAAAGAUGGCGGCUGGCGGACGUCCCUGUUGCUUCCCUCACUCAAGAUGGCGCCCGACGGCUUUCUCUCCCUUUGCCCAGCUGGCAGCCGCCACCAUCCCCCGCCCCGCUCUGCCCUCAGCCAACAUGGCGCCUGCCCGCCCAACUUCAGCCGCCGCCCGCAGCAAACAUGGCGGCUCCCCUUCAGUUUCCAUUCUGCCCGCCUUUAACGCUCCUCCGCGGCGGCUUCGGCGGCUUCACCUCCGUCGACGCAAAGAUGGCGGAAGCGAUUGCGGCCGUUUGAAUUCCAGCGAAGCCGCCAAAGCCGCGCACAAAGGAGCCGGACCCGUGGCCGCCGGCGGGACCCGCGGGCCGGCGCCGCUAUGGACUCGCUGCCGGGGGAAGACCUGACGCUGCCGGUGGCGUUCGAGGGCAGCGUCUGCCAGCUGCCAGACGUCUCCCGCGGGGUCCUCCAGCCCGGCCCGCCCGGCGGCGAAGUGUUACCAGAUGUGGCAGAAGAUACAGUCUCACCAACUAGAGCUCGGACCAUGAAGGACUAUGAAAAUCAAAUCACUGAUCUGAAAAAAGAGAACUUCAACCUGAAGCUUCGCAUAUACUUUCUGGAGGAGCGAAUGCAGCAGAAGUUUGAUGGUCCCACUGAAGAAAUAUACAAAAUUAACAUUGAGCUGAAAGUUGAGAUAGAAAGUCUGAAGCGUGAUCUGCAGGAGAGGGAGAAACUACUCAUCAAAGCCUCUAGAGCAGUUGAAAGCUUGGCCCAGGGUGGUGAUGCUGAAAUACAGCGUGUGAAAGAAGAGGCACAAAAGAAGAUGCAAGAAAUGGAAGAAAACCUGACUAGCAGAAUAAAGUUUCUGGAAGAGAAUCUUAAAGCUGCCCAAGAAGAUGUGGAAAAAGCCAUUGUGAUCACGGAGAAGGAGAAAGCUCUGAGAAUAGCUGCUGAGCAGAAACUUUCUUCAAUUAUGAAUGCCCCUGCAAAGGAUGUGGGUAUGAUUACAGGAGCUGAGAAGGACAGACUUAUAGAGCAACUGAAUCUGUCAUUGAAAAGUAAAGAAGCUAUAAUUCAACACCUUGAAGAGGAAAAGUCUCAAAGUGGAUCUUAUGAUGGGAACUUAUCAGCAGAAAAAAUCAGAGAACUUACCAUUGCUUUGAGGCAUGAAAAAGAUAGUGAGAUAGAGGCUAUUAGAAUGGAGCUUAAAAAUGAAAGAAAUUCCUUUGAAAAAAAAAUUCAGUCACUUCAAGAAGAGCUACAAGAGAGAGAAAAUGAGCUUGCUGUAGAAAAGAAGAAUGGUUUGAAAAGGGAUAAAACCAUUCAAGGGCUAACUGUUGCAUUAAAAGCAAAGGAAAAAGAGAAUGAGGAGCUUGGUUCUGAAAUUGAAGAUCUAAAUGCUUCAUUGGCUAAGGCAAGAGAGGCAACUCACAAAGCACACAUCCAAAAAUUCAAGGGUGCUGAGGAUUAUCAAGCUCUCUUGAUGGAAAAAGAGACCCUCUUAGCAGAGCUGCGUUCGGAAAACCUUACAAAGGAUGCUGAGAAUCGUAAACUACAAAGGAGGAUUAAAAGGACCGAUCAAGAGCUAAAUGAUUUGAAUUUAGAAAGAGAGAAAAUGGAGAAGGAGCUGGAUGAAGCACAACUACAGAAGAGCAGAAGUGACAAAACCAUUAAUGACCUUAGAAAUCAACUAGAAAAAUUACAUGGUGAAAUGACUGAGAAAGAAAAAGCAGUUGAACAUCAUUACAAUAUUCUUUUGAGUGAAAGCAAUCAGAAGUUGCAGAGCCAAGAACUAGUUAUCAAACGGCUAACAGACAAUGUCAAUCAAAAGGAUCUACUGCUUCAGAAACUUGAUGGAACAGUUAAAGAAAAGGAUGCAGAAUUGCAGGAGCUCCUGAAUAAGUACAAGAACCUUCUAAGAGCCAAUGAAGAACUUGAACUGAAAAAUGAGGGCUUAGUGAAGGAAAAAUGUGCUGCACAGUCUCAACAGUCAAUCAUCAAGAUAGUCAGAGAGUUAGAGGAAAAUAAAGAAGCUGAAUAUGAAAAGCUGAUCCUUGCUUUAAGAAAAGAACAAAAUAUUUAUUCUACACUAGUGAAGACCUUCAAAGAAUCGGAUAGUAUAAAUAGCUUGCAGACAGAACUAAACAACAUUUUCACGCUGCGAAAACAACUAGAAGACGACAUUUUAGCUAAUCGGAAUCUACAGAAGGUCUUAGAAGAUCAGAUUAAGGACAUUAAAAACCGACAAGAUGAAACACUGUCUUUCUGUGGAGAUCAGACAUCUUAUAUGAGUAUCUGUUUAGGAGAGCAAGAUCAUUUAAGCCCACAGAUAGACCAUCUGUCUCUUGAAGAACUUAAGAAAAAGGUUACUGACCUUCUCUUGAUGGUUAAGGAUCUGCAGUCAAUUAAUCAAGAACUUAAGAAAAAACAACUUGGACUUUGUACAACAGAUUCUCAAGGGAAGGAAGCACUAAACAUAUUAAAGCAAAGUGAGUGUCUUGAAAUAACAGAGGAGCCUGUGAUGCAGACUGAAGAUGGUGACAAUGACAGGAAGAUGCAGAACAGUCAAUUUUCUGAGGGGGUCAGUCAGGUAUGCCUUCAGGUAUCUUUGGAUUUUCCUUGUGAGGUGGAGAAACAGAUAACUCCAUCAGGCUAUUCAGAGAGUUUCUGCAAAGAUAGACAUUAUAGGAGUCCAAAUAAGCCUCAGUUUGAACGUGAUACAACUGGCAAACACUUUGGCAGAAUAGGAAUGAGUGAACAUGAAACAGAAGAGAACUUGCUCACAUCUCUUUUAAGAGAAAAUAGAACAUCUGUACUGGAAUCUACCAGACAAGAACAAAUGAAGAUUGUAAAUGAACUGUUAGAUCACCGGAACACAACUGAGGAAGAAUGUUCAAGUGAAGAUAUAGAGAAGAAGGAUGAAAAAGAUCUUAGGCAAAUGAUUAUUCAACUAAGAGCUGAACUCAAACAUUUCAAGCAGGUCAAUAAAUUCUUAAAGCAGCAAGUAGAAUUGAAAUCAGCUUUUGAUGGAAAAGAGAAGCUUUAUCCAGAUGCAAUGCCACAGAUUAAUAAGGAUAUUGAGUUGUUGAAAGUGGAAUUGAAAGAUGCAGCUACACAAACAAUGACUUUAGAGAGUAAUGUCAUGAGAUUCAAACAUGAAGGCAAAAAAGGAGCCUCAGAAGAAAAGCCAAAAUACUCAAGAUUAAAUGCAGAAAGAGAACAUCAGCAAGAAAAUGUGUAUAAGAAGGGUGAACAGCAUGAAAGACUUCUUUUUACAAGGAGAACAAAUGAAACUGAUUCUGCUUACCUGCCCAAGAAGUCCCGCCUGCCCGUUCUCUUGAAAUCAUCCAGACCAUUAGAAAAGGUGCCUUUGAACUGUGGUAUGCAGAAGUCAGAUUCAAAACUACAGCAUCGUACCAGGGCACCUUAUGAAGGUCUGAAAGCAUGUGAAGUACAAAACAAACAAUUUCAGCCACAAACAAAUGGAGAGUUAUUAUUGAAUGAGUCUGUAACUGAAAACCUUCAAGAAGAGCCUGCACAGGAAAGCACAUCAGUGAGAGUUGACUCAUUGCUCAAACUGGAUAAUAGUGAGGUCCAGGUGGAGUUGCAAGGUGUUGAUCUGGGUACAGGGGGCAAGAAUGAAUAUGCGAUGGACAAAAAUCAGCAAAACUAUCAAGAAAUGCAAAAUCAUCAUAACAUUAGCAACGUGAAUAUCCGUUGUUCAUUAAAAGAGAUAAAUGAAGAGUUUUAUUCCAUGGAACAUGAGGACGUUGACUCAGCCACUGCAUAUUCAGGUUCCAAGUCCCUGCGUGCUCUCAAAUUGAGUGUAACAAGUACAGAUGCAUUUGAUGACUAUGAAGUCAUAGAUGAUAUAGAAGAAUUGAAACAAAGAAUUAAGAACAUGAAGUCUGAGCUCGAAAAGUACAAAAUGUUCAUGUUUCAUUUACAGACCUCUGACCAGGUUUUAUCGAGUGGUAUUUCCAAUAUAGUUUUGAGUGACACAGCCUUGCCCAUGGAAGGACAUGUUACACAAGUGCAAGAUACAGCUAUGCAAGAAAUCAAAACAUUUUGUGGUGUCCAUCAGCUGAUGGAUUACGAGAUCCACACUGAAAAUAGGAAUUCAGAGUCUUCAAAGGCACCUGAUACACGGACAGCACAAAACCUUAAGGAACCACUAUCAGCAAAUGAGGCAGAACUUGAAAAAGAGCAAAUUGCAAAUACGCAUCUUGAUGAAGUGUAUCAUCUUCAGAACAAACUGAGAGAAACAUCACCAUCCAAAUAUGAUUCAUUAGUUCACUCACAAGCUCGAGAACUCUCCUUUCAAUGCCAACAAAUUAAAGAGAUCCGCAGUGGUUGCGUCGCUUACCAUCAACAUCUGACGAGCCUUAUUAAAGCUUUUGAGGAACUGCUUCAAGCCAGUGAUGUAGACUAUUAUGUUGCUGAAGGCUUCCGUGAGCAAUUGAAUCAAAGUGUACUAUUGUUUGAGAAGCUAGAAAGGAAAUUCCUGUAUGUGAAAGGGAAGCCUUACUUCCUCUUGGUUGCUUUUAAAUGGUUUAUAGGGAGGAGUAUCUUGGAAAGAGAAUCAAUAGGUGCAGAAGUUACUAUACUUUACGAAUUAGCUCCAAGGGAUAAUGACAAGAACACCACAAGGUACCAGCAACUGAAGGAUGAAUCACCUGUACCAUCUGCUCUUCAUAGCUUGUCUGACUUUGAUUUGUCAGAAAAGUCAUCUCUUGGAUCACCUGAGCACAGACAUGACCUAGAAGGACAGCAUGGCACACUGGCACUUCUGCCAAGCAAGUUUCCCCCAGAGUUAUUAAUGGAGCAUCUGCAAGAAAUUAGAAUCCUGAGACAACGUUUAGAAUACUCCAUAAAAACUAAUGAGAGACUGAGGAAGCAGCUUGAGAGACAAAUAACAGACAAGGAACUUGAUCAAGGUUCUGCAAACAUUUUUAUCCAUGGCUCAGAGCAGCAUAAUUCCCUGACUUCUGAAAUACAUUUCCUGAGGAAGCAAAAUCAAGUUCUGAAUGCAAUGCUAGCAAAAGGAUCCAGAGAUAAACAGAAGGAAAAUGAAAAGUUAAGAGAAUCUCUUUCUAAAAAGAAUGCAAUCAUUGAGCAUCUUCAUGAGGAUUAUGAAUGCAUCAAGAAAGAAAAUGAAAGGUUGCAAAAACAAAUUGGCCAAAAGGAAGAUGAAACCAGAUAUCUGACAUGUCAAAUUUACAGCAGUCGUAAUGAAUUAAACAGGUUGCAAACAGAAAUUAAUGUAAAGCAACGUCAGCUCUCCGAGAAUGAGAAGUUACUGCAGUCACUUAGAACGGAGAUCAAGGUUUAUGAAAAGUUGGAAGAAGCAAGAAGGAAGAGGACAGAUCCCAGAUGUGAUGCAUCAGAAGAAUUCCGAAAAGAUCAGAAUAAUCCACUUGACUUACAUGAACUAUUGACUGAAAUACAGAGUUUGCGAGUGCAGCUUGAAAGAACCAUAGAGACAAACAAGUCUUUGCAUGAAAAAUUAGAGGAACAGCUUUCAAAAGAAAAGAGAGAGGAAGUGGGAUCAGUGUCGGCUGUAAAUAUCAACUAUCUUUUCAAACAAGAAUCUCAGCAUUACGCAGGAAUGAAUGAAAAUCUUUGCAAAUGCCCUGCUGCCAGCAGAAACACUUGUGAGCUGCAGAAGCAUGGACAUUGCAUUUCGCUAGCAAAAACAGGUAUGCACUCUGCCUCUAAAGACAGUUUAGACAGUAAUUCACACUGCAGUAGCACUUCAUCUUCCAGUAUGGCAUGUACCCCUCGUCUUGUGCCUGGACAUCGCAUGUGGGCAGACAAAAACGGGCGCCACGUUCUUGGCUUGAUUGAGGAUUAUAAUGCUCUACGGAAACAGAUUUCAGAAGGGCAACAGGUCUUAGCAGAAAUGGAGAUUUCUUUAAGAGAGGUCACUGGUACGAAACUGCAGGAGCCUGGAAUAAAGGUACCAGACCAGGCAUCACUGCAUAGCUUUUCCACAAAUAUUCACACAGUACAGCAGAUUUUAGAAGAGGCUGCACGUUUACUGAAACUUCUCUGGAGAGUUUCCCUUCCACUGAAACCUGUGCAUGGUACUACUCAUGGGACUCAGGAUGAAGGAAUGAAAGCAGAAAUACUUAGAUUACAUAAGAAACUGUCCGAGCAAGAGAAGAAGUUACAUAGCACAGUGAAACGCUUGCACUCCACAAACCAGCUGAAGGAAAAUAUGGAGAAAGUCAUCAUUGACCAGUUGGUUUUAACUCAUGAUGUCUUGAAGAAGGCUAGAGGAAACCUGGAGGUCCCACCGGCUGAGAAUCAAAAAUCACCUUCCUACACCAGCAAAAAAAGGAUUCUCUGAAGGAGAAAGUUCUACUAGUAAAGACUGAUCUUGUGAUUGUUGUUUGCUUCUUUAUGCCUUACUAUUUAUUGAUGUAAAAAUGUUUGUUCAGUUCUUUUAAUGGAAUCAGCCUUUGACCAAAAAA